CUGUCCUUCCGCGCAAUCCCCUCACCAUCACAGUCCUCGCCUUCGCGAUCCUUGGUCCCGUUGUCUGGUACAUUUGGAUCCCGCACAUAGGAGGCCCAGUGCCACGUAGCGGAGGCCCCGGUGCUGCUGGUGCUGCUGUUGCUGCUGCUGCCGCGAUGUCAACGAGUGUACCCGCAGCGGCGGCGUCUCCGUCAGGCGCUAUCGUGGUGUACGUGACCGUACCCCACAUUCAGGUGGCUGAGCCACUGGCUGAGAAGCUGGUGGCCGCCAAGCUGGCGGCCUGUGUCAACAUACUACCCGGAGUGACCACCAUAUACAUGUGUAAGGGAAAUGUGGAGCAGGAGGAGGAGAUGUUGCUGAUUAUCAAGACCCGGGAGGAGCUGCUGACAGAGCUAACGGCUGUCGUACAAGCUAGUUGCUGGGAUCAUAAGACCGAGGUGAUUGGAUUACCCAUUCUGGGCGGCAACCCGUCGUACUUGCAGUGGCUGAUGGACAGCACAAGCCGCGCGGCGACAGGGGCAGGCUCGGAGGGUGAGGCGCCAGCUGCGGGCACUUCCUAGGCUACAUUCCUAUUCGGCCCUGGGAGCUCUGCACCACCGUGUAGACUGUCCAUGUGUCCGUGUGUCCAUGGGGAAGACGAGCGUGUUCUGCGCCCAGCUUUGUUCGCAGUUGUGAGAAGGGCCCUAUGAAGGAUCUGUCGCGCCGUGUGGGUUUGCCCCGUGAUGUGGUGCGGUGAAAAGAGUGGUGGUUUGGGAUCAGGGUAGAGCAGGGGAAAAGGGGGCAGGAGGGGCCCGCCUGAGGUUUAUGCGCAGAGGAAGUGAAAGGCCGGAGGGACAGUUCAUUUAAGUAAUAUAUUCCAG